UGGGAAUUUUUUCUAAUGCUUUAAUAACAACAAAAAUGAACUGUCCCGGGCAAUAUUGUGGACGAAUACUCUUUCCAAACGGAAAUUUAAGUGAUUGUGGAUCUUGUCCGAGAGGUUAUAGAAGAAAUGACACGACUUUUAUAUGUGAACCCUGCACAGACAACCCUUUACUUUAUGACUGGCUUUAUUUAGGAUUUAUGGUCUUAUUGGUUUUAGCUGUGCAUUGGUAUUUUAUAGACAUGGUUAUUAUGAAGCGAACGUUCAGCAAAAGACUUAUUUUGCUACAAAUUACAGCGUUAUUUGAAGUUGCAAUAGCUACAAUAUUAGCUUUAUUACUAUCACAUCCUAUUGGUACUUUUACAAUUACAAGCUGCAGAGUCACAAUGUUGGCCGAUUGGUACACAUUACUACACAAUCCUAGGCCUAAUUUUGAGAAGAAAAUAUACUGCACACAAGAAGCAGUAUACCCAUUGUAUACAGUAGUGUUUGUGUUUUAUGGAAUGUCUUUAAUUUUAAUGCUUAUAAUAAGGCCUUGGGUUUGUCGUAAAGUUUUUCCAAGACAAAGUAAACUAUCAAUUUAUGCUGCCAUGUACUUUAUACCCAUUUUGGUGCUUAUCCAUGCUGUUGUGGGAGGUUUAUUAUAUUAUUCUUUUCCAUACUUAGUGGUGAUAUUAUCCCUAAUAUCUUGUGCUGCACAUUUCUCCAAUAAAAUGAACCAAAGUAUCACUUCGUUAAUUAAAACAACUGUAACAGAACCAAGGAAUAUAAUUAUUCUUGUGGGCCAUUGGUGUUUACAUGCUUAUGGUAUAUUAUCAAUAACGCUGUUACAAGAUCCAUUAAUGGAUUCUUUAUUGUUGUUUUUGGUGCCGUUACCAGCAUGUUUUUACAUUUUGACGGCAAAAUUUACAGAUCCUGGUCAGAGAUUUUAGUAUAGGAGGGUAAGGUCUUUUGACCUUGGCGAUUUUGAAAUGAAUUAAAGAAAAAUGCACAUUUGUAUAAAUUUUGAUGUAUAACAUAAAUUGGAGUUUUAAGCUUCAUAUUGUAUAGUAUAAUUUGGUUUAAUUGUAUAAAUUAGGAUUUCUUUAAUUUACAUGUGAUAUAAUAUAAGACUAAUGUAUGUA